AUGCCCAUGGCCCUCUCGAGCUCGCUCCGUGCCCUGGUGGCCCUGAUCCCGCCGGCCCUCCCUUCCGCUCGCCCGAGCGGGGCCGCGGCGGCCCCGGCACCCCGCGCGCGCGGUCGACCGGGGAGAGGUGCGGGGGUCGUGGCACUGGCGGCGGCGCUGCCGUCAGACGCGCAGUGGCUGGAGCGGCUGCCGGAGAAGAAGAAGCCGCUGUACACGCACAGCCUGCCGUGCAUCGAGGCGUGGCUGCGCAGCCUCGGGUUCACGCAGUCCCGCGAGGACCCCGCCGUCUGGGUCGCCGAGAAGCCGCUCUGGCACGCGCGUCUCAGCCUCGACGUCACCGACCUCCACAUCAGGUACUUGAAAAGCGGACCUGGAAAUCUUGAGAAGGAUGUGGAGAGAAGGUUUAGCUAUGCCCUAAGCAGAGAAGACAUCGAGAACGCCAUACUUGGAGGACCUUAA